GUAAGCAACAGGUGAGUCGCCGGGUACCUCAGCCGCUGACCCCAAACUCAUCACAUUUUUGGCAACUCUCUCCGGUUAUAAAGGAUUUCCUGACAAAAGAACAGACGUAGAGUAGUGUAAUGGCUGAUGUUUAUACAAAUCCAGACAAACAUGUGGUCCUUCACAACAAUGUUAAAAUGCCUAUUCUUGGUUUAGGCACAUCACACAAUGGUGGAUAUAGUCAUUCAGCUGUUGUGUAUGCAUUAAAAGAUUGCGGGUAUAGACAUAUUGAUACAGCCAAGCGAUACGGUUGUGAAGCUUACAUUGCUAAAGCUGUGAAGGAAUCAGAAGUCCCUCGUGAUGAAAUCUUCUUGGCGACAAAGUGUUGGCCCACUGACUAUGGGACCAUUGCUACUCGAAAUGCCUUCAAUGGUUCCUGCGAAAGACUGGGGUCAGAUUACAUAGAUCUUUAUCUCCUGCAUUGGCCUGAUGUACCUUCAAGUGUGAGUGACAGAAACCGCCUCUUGCAAGAGACAUGGCGGACACUGGAGGUGUUGCUGGAUGAGGAACGCGUGAGAGCCAUUGGGGUCAGCAACUUCCUCGAACGACACCUUGAUGUGAUUCUUGAGGAGUGUUCUGUGGUUCCUCACAUCAACCAGUGUGAGUUCCAUCCAUUCAAUAACCCCAAGCAAUUACGAGAAUAUUGCUCUGAAAGGAAGAUACAAUUUGAGGGUUAUUCCCCUCUAGCAAAAGGUUAUGCACUUGCGGACUCUACUGUGAAAGCUAUUGCUAAACUUCAUGGACGGAGUCCAUCACAGGUUCUACUAAGGUGGUCUCUGCAGUGCAGGGUUCCUGCUAUACCUAAAUCAACCAAAGUGCAGCGGGUGAUGGAAAAUGCCCAGAUAUUUGACUUUGCUCUCACCGACGAGGACAGUGCAAUCCUGGACAACAUGGCUCAGAAGCUGACAAUCAUGGAACGCAGUACAAUACAACACAAAAUUGAUAAUCCUCUACCUGAUGGAUACAAGUUGAAGAUGGUUAAAAUACCUGCUGAGCCAUAAGCGUCAGUAUAAUGGACUUGGAACUUGAAAGGUUAAUUUCUUUUAUGUAGUAUCCUUAUUUGUCAUUAAAAGAAUAACUCUCAUAUUCUAACUUACAUAAAAUAUAGAGUAUGAUUUGCAAUUGCAUUAAAUGAUUCAGUGAAGGAUACUUUGUGAAACAUCACCCAUCUGAACCAAAUUUCAGGUAUUAAUGUUCCAGUAUAUGUUUAUUUUUUCAUGCAUAACCAUUAAUUAAUUUGAUUAUACAACAAUCUCUGUCUGUCAAACCUAUAUAAAGAUAUUCAGGCUUUAGUAGUCUUGGUACUUUGGACCAAUUCUACUAUGCAGCUCUGUUUGUGCUUACUGAAUAAUACAUGAAAGUAUGCACCAUUAGUAAUAUUGAUGGUAAUGUAUUAGCAUGACUGUGUGCAUGAGUGGUUGUGAUGGAAAGUAUGGUGGUCUGGUGUGUGGGUAUGAAUGAGUGUGGUACAUGUGUGCAUGAGUGCAUAAGUGUGUGUGUUUGUUAAAAUGCACACAGGCAUGUCUGCCUGUUCUGGGACAUUUUGUUAACAAAGGAUCUUUUAACAAUUUGAAUGUAUCUUGCUUUAUUUGUACAUGAGGAUAUGUAACAUUCUGUAAUAAUGUUUCCAGUAUAUUAAUUUUUUCUCAAAAAAAUUGUGAUAGCUAAAUUACAUUAUGCUUAAACAGGUAUUUAUCCAUAAUUUGGUUAAAAUUUAGGCUGAAGACAAAAGUGUGGGGUGAAAUAAUUUAGCAAGGUCAACAAUGGAAUUAAAAAGUGUUUGUCAUUUUUCUGAAAGGGCACCUUAGACAAGAGAAAGAACUCUUUACAUGUUAUUUUAGCAUGUUUUAUGUGAUGUAUGUAUAAAGCUUUCUUUAUUAUGCCAACUAAUGGUUAAUAGACAUUAGAUAAUUAUUGUAAUAAUUUUAAUGUUGAGAAAUGUGGAAAGUAGCAAACAUUAUUUUAUUGAAUGUGAUUUUUUUAUAAUAAAAUAUUUAUCAGUAUU